AUGUUUUCCUCGCCAGUUAUCUUCAUGCAAAUCGUAGCAUAUCUCUGCUUCGCUGGAGCCAAAAUCCUGGGCUCCACCGACGAUCUCCUAAAUCAAUACGAUUUCAUUAUUGUCGGAGGUGGUACUGCUGGGAAUGUCGUAGCCAACCGCCUCUCGGCGGACCGACGUACCACAGUCUUGGUUAUUGAAGCAGGCGGAUCCAAUGACGUGCUCGAUUUGCAAAUACCGUAUCUCUGGACCAGCCUGAUUGGUUCCGCGUAUGAUUGGAAUUCCACCUCGACACCACAAAGCGGCCUGGGGAACAGGAGUGUGACCCUCGCGAGGGGCAUAGGCCUGGGCGGGAGCUCGUCAAUAAAUGCCAUGCUGUACACACUGGGGUCUGCUGACAACUACGAUGCUAUUGCCGAGCUGGUAAACGACGAGUCCUGGUCAUGGAACCGCCUGCAGCCAUUCUUUGGGAAGGAUGUGACGCAGCCUGGUAGUCCAUCCUCGCCAGCCUCGGAUAUGAUUGAAGUCGCGCCCCCCAGGUUUUAUCAACCGACAGACGACAGGAUCAUGCAAACCACACAGGAGAACAGCGAAUUUCCUUUCAAUAAUAACACCAAUUCAGGGAAGCAGUUAGGCUUCGGUUGGUCUAAAUCGACUAUUGCUCCUGAUGGCACUCGAUCUAGUUCUCGCACUGUCUACCUCAAGCCUGAGGUCAUCAACCGGCCAAACCUCCAUGUCCUGUUGAACACCCAAGCCACGCGCUUAUUGCAGUUGGACAGGGCCGACAGAACAAGGUUCAAUGGCGUCGAGUUUGUAGAAAGCGUUCAUGCGAAGCGAGAAAUCAUACUCUCCGCAGGCGCAUACGGCACGCCUCAUAUUUUGCUGAACUCAGGCAUCGGGGACGCACGCGACCUGAAUAGUGUUGGAGUCACGCCCAGGCACGAGCUUCCUUCCGUCGGACACAACCUCACUGACCAUUCCCUCACAACUUUAACGUGGACUGUCAAUUCGACGACCACAUACGAGUCUAUUCGACGCAACGAGACGUUAUGGGCCACUCUCCUGGAGCAGUGGCGGCGAAACGGCACCGGCGAUUUCUCGAGUUCUGGGAUAGAUCACGUAGCGUGUCUGAGGCUUCCGAGCACUGCAGAUAUUUUCAAUAGCGUACAGGAUCCGUCUGCGGGACCCAAUACAGGGCACUUUGAGAUAAUCAUAACGAACGGCAAUAUUUUUGGAGGUCCAACAUCCGACAACCUCAUAGCUGCAACUCUCAUGGUUCUAACGCCAAUGUCUCGCGGCUUCGUUAAAUUGAAUUCGGCUCACCCUCUGGACAAAGCAGCGAUCAAUCCCUCGUAUUUGUCACAUCGAUUUGACCAAUACACGAUGCGAGAAGCCAUUAGGUCUACCCAGCGGUUCUUCGACUCUCCUGCAUGGGAAGGAUAUGUUCUGUCCCGAGCCGGAGACUACGCAGCGGUGGAUCUCCAGGAUGACAAUGAACUGGACGCCUAUAUCCGUGAUAACGUUGUCUCUGGCCUUCACCCAGUCGGAAGCUCUUCAAUGUCGCCGAGGGGAGCAUCUUGGGGCGUCACGGACCCCGACCUAAAGGUCAAAGGUCUCAAGGGCCUGCGAGUUGUGGACGCCUCAGUUAUCCCGCUGAUCCCUGCAGCGCACACACAAGGCCCUACCUAUAUAUACGCGGAACGAGCGGCAGAUAUCAUAAAGAAAGAUUGGGAUACAGUGUAA